AUGUCGAUAGUGCAAAAAAUUAACUGGAACAUAAGGAAAAUAAACCUAGUUUUGGAAAAGAGACGUCAAACAUUGCAAUCAAUGCGUGCUAAAAUGCAACAGGCAACGAUUGCUCCAGAGCGAAAGGCCCUUCUGGACAAAAUGUAUAAAAAUGUGCUUGAACAACAGAAAUUGUUAAAAGGCAGAGAAAAGCUACGCCUUCAUUUACGUUCUAUGAGAGACCCUACGAUUUCCGAGCCAGAUGUGAUAGAAGCGACAAAUGUAAAAAAGAGAAGCCCAUUUGUUAUGAGAAUUAAGCAAGUAAAUACGGUUUUGGAACAGAAAUGUAAAAACUUACACAAAAUGCGUGACAGAAUGAGGCAAGAGAAAUGUACUUCUGAACGGAAAAUUCUCGUUGAGAAAAUGUAUGAUCUGGUGCUUGAGAAGAAGAAAAUAGAAGAUCUUAGAGAUAAACUUAAUUUUCGUUUAAAAGCGAUCCAAAAAGAUAAGAUCGCAGAGAUUGCUGAGAUUUCCGAGCCAGAUGUACAAGAAACGGUUGAUAUCAAAAAGGACUGUGCAACUGCUAGGAGGAUUGAGAAAAUAAAUACCAUUUUGGAACAGAAAUGUAAAGAUUUAGACGAAAUGCGUGAGAGAAUGAGGAAUGAGAAAUGUAUUCCUGAGCGUCAAAUUCUCCUUGACAAAAUGUAUACUCUGGUGCUUGAGAAGAAGAAAAUGGAAAAUCUUAGAGAUCAACUUAAUCUUCUUUUGGUAACAAACAAAAAUAAUGAGAUCCUAGAUAUAACAACUUUUAAAACACACCGGCCACCUGAUCGAGAUAUCAUUGCCACACAACAAAACGAAAUCGAGACCGCUAGAGAUGCCGCCAAUUGUAUGCAAGCAUUGCAAGAAUAUGCAAUGCUCCAACAAAACUUCCGCGCAACUGGACUUCUAAUGCAAGCGGAGAAAGCAUUAAAAAAUACAAAUUCUUAUCAAGAACACGAUGUUACUGUGUAA